UCAUUGUUAACUCAGAGGAGGAAAGUUUGACCCAAACUCCUUGAAGAUGUCAAACACCGCGAGGGGCCGACAAGAUAGUGCGGCACUGUUUGUUCUCUCCGCAGUAUGUUUAGCCUUAAUAACAAUUAUCAGCGUUUGGAAAUUAAAGCAAUUCAAAUACAGACUCAUUAAUGAAGCUGGAGGUGCAAUGUUUUACGGUGUCUUUCUGGGUUUAGCCAUCAGGUACUUGUGGGUGGACCGAGAGGAGGAUUUGGAGAACAUGGGCAGCGUUUGUUCUUGCCACGGUCUAAACAGCACUCCUCAUGUCAUAAUGGUCAACCUCUCAUCCCGCGAGCACUGUUAUAGACUUAUUGAAAAGAAAGGCCCAAGAUGCUUGCACCUCCCAAGUCCUCACGCGGCUAUGCUGGAUCCGCAAAUCCUUUUUGACCUUUUCCUGCCCCCCAUCAUCUUCUUUGGGGCUUACACCCUGAAUCAGAGCCGAUUCAUCGAGAAUCUGGGCUCUAUUGUGACCUAUGCUUUUUUGGGCACCAUGAUCAGCUCCUUGUGCAUAGGGGCCCUUGUCUACGGCUUCACCAGACUCAUGGUGCUUCUGAGACGAGCAGCAGAUGGAGAGUUCUCCCUCACUGACUGCCUCCUGUUUGGUGCAAUCAUGUCAGCCACUGAUCCUGUCUCAGUCCUUGGGCUAUUGUCGGACCUGCGUGUGGAUUCGGAUUUGCACACCCUGCUGUUUGGCGAGAGUGUCCUUAAUGAUGCCGUGGCCAUUGUCUUGACACAUGCCAUCACCUCCUAUGACCAGAUGGAAACAGGAAACGUCUUUCAGACACCUGCCUUCUUCCGCUCUGUUGGUUUCUUUGUAGGAGUGCUCAUUGGCUCCUUCCUUCUUGGAUUCAUAUUCACAGUAAUAACAGCCCUCCUCACCAAACUCACCCGACUCCAUGAGAAUCCUCUGCUGGAAACAUCAAUCUUCUUCUUGCUGUCCUGGAGCAGCUUCCUCUCAGCAGAAGCCUGUGGACUGUCAGGCAUUGUGGCAGUUCUGUUUUGUGGCCUGAGCCAGGCAAAGUACACAAAUCUCAAUUUGUCGCACGAGGGGAGUACAAGAACCAAACAGCUCUUUGAAGUCCUCAACUUCCUCGGGGAGAUUUUCAUCUUCGGCUACAUGGGAUAUAUAUGGUUUACAUUUCGUCACCAUGCCUUCAAAGCUCUCUUCAUCUCUGGAGCAUUUUUAUCCAUUUUUAUUUCAAGAGCCUGCAACAUCUACCCUUUGUCUUUCCUGAUAAACCUGGGUCGUACAAAGAAGAUUUCCCGCAACUUCCAACACUUUAUGGUGUUUGCAGGUUUAAGAGGGGCCAUUUCUUUUAGCCUGGCUGUAAGAGACACUUCAACAGAAGCACGGCGCACCAUUCUCACCACCACUCUGCUUCUGAUUGGCUUCACCGUCUGGGUGCUGGGUGCAGCUGCUGAUCCCCUGCUGGGCCAUCUGGACCUCAGAGUGGAAAAGGAGACAGAUGGCAGCCUUCAGGAUGUUUCCUCUGAGGUUGAUAGGGAGAGGCAAGACACAUCUCAAAGCCUAUGGCACCGUCUGGACCACCGAUAUCUAAAUCCUCUGCUGACCCACUGUGGCCCCCCACUAACCGACUCGCUGCCACAGUGGUGUGGUAGGUUUGCUGGAGUCUUCUGUGGCCACCAAAAGCAGGAGGAUGAGGAGCAGCCCUUUGAGGCUGAACCAAAGAACUUUGACGUCAAUUUGGAAAACUCUGAUCUUCCGUCCACACGAAGCAGCGACUCUGGGUCAGAGCAGCAAGAGGACCUGCUGGAGGGAGAUUUGGGCCUUGGCACUGGAGCAGCUCACGUCAUUGAGGAGUGAAUUUUCCCACUCUAGCUUAGCCUUAUCAUUCCCUCCUGUUGCCUUAAUGCUAGCCCCCACCUCCCACAGAGCGCAGGGACCAUGAUCUGUGUAUUUCAAAGCCACCGAGUGGGAGUUUGUUACUGUGACUUGCAUAAGGUCACUCAACCCCCAUGUGUUGAGUUGUGUGCAAAAACACACUCACGCUGGAAGGAAGAGACAAUUAGUGAAGGCUAGCAUUCUUCCUGUUUCUCUGCUGGAGAAGUAUUGUCCUGCUUUGUUUUAAAUUUAUUUUCAUCUGCAGGAACAUGUCUGUAAAUUAGAGUCAAAAAGUUAAUUUAUUUCAAUUCAAAAAGUGAACCUCAUACAUAGAUUUAUUACACAGAGGAAUAUCCCAAGACACCACAUCAUUCAAAACGUCAGAUAAAAUAGUCACAUUCCUUGUGGUAAGCCACUCCAGAACCAGAGACAACAUUCCUGAUAAGUGUGUUGUCUGUGAUAGGGGGGAAAAGGUCUACUUCUGCCUCAUGAUCCUAAGUCCAGCUGUUAUAUUUAAGUACAUUUUGCAUUUUAUUUCCAAAUUAGAAUCUCUGAGUCUGGGCGAAGAGCGAGGAGGAGCAGAAUCCAAAUUGGUUGAGCUUCAGUGUGAGUUUUCCACUAAGUUUUCUGUUAGUAUGCAGCCAUGUUCAGUGAAUUAGAAUAUGCCUUCCAAUGAAGCUUUUUUUGACAAAUUCAAAGUAAUUUUUGAAAAUAACAACCUUUAAGCAGGUAUUAAACAUAGCUUUUAUUGAAAACCCUUACAGAAAAAUCCCAUGAAAAUCACAUGUGAUUCUGUUUGGGAUUUUUUUGUAAGGGAAUGUCUGUAUUCAAACUGUUUUCUUUUUAUAGCUCUGUUUUAAUAUUCUAAUCUUAAAUGUUGGAUCUUCAUUAAUCUUUUCAUCUAAUGAACUGAGUUACUGAAAGAAAUAAAUUUAUUAAACUUGACUGCCUUGGACAAUACUGUGAAGAGAGAGGUGCACCGUUUUUGGCUUGUCCUCCUUGUGAAGGGUGCCAGUGACUGUUGCACAAAUAAAUGUCUCUUUCAUUGAC